AUGGCGAUGAUGGUUCCCCCCCAGAUGAAUCCUAAAUAUAAAACUUCUCUAUGUAAACAUUGGACAACAACAGGGAACUGCAGUAUUGGAUCAAGAUGUCAUUUUGCACAUGGAGAAAGGGAAUUGCGUAAUCCAAAUGAUCCGUUGCCACAAUUACCAAGUCAAAAUUUAUAGGAUCCAAAGCUUCUAUAAGUUUACUUCUCUGGCAGUUUGGGAAUUCAUAAUUAUAAAACCACAUUAUGCAAAUAUGCCAGCAAUAAUACGUGCAGAUAUUAAGAAAUGUGUCAUUAUGCACAUUCUCCAGAAGAGAUGAUACCAUUUGAGAAGGUUAGAAAUGUUACAACACAAGUCCUGAUUUCAAACUAUGUUUCUCUGAUUAAGAGUCAUUAUUUAUUAAAUAGUCAUUCGAUUCCAGGAUUUAACAUCAAUUAAGAAUAAGUUGAAUUAGCACUUCAAAUGGAAUUCCAAAAAUUGAUAGUGGCUUAAUAGUUGAAAUUUACUUUAAAUCAUCUUGAUAAGAUGGAUUAUACUCAAUCGGAAUUGAGAUUGAAACUUAAUACAGCUCACGAAUUAUUGAAUGCCAACAACUUUCCAGGUUGUAGUUAAACAAUCAGUGAUAUAAUCAAUAGACCAAAUGUACCACUAGAUGAAAAGAAGCAUUAUCAAGAUAUCCUUUUCGAAAGUGCUUAGGAAGGUUUUAAGAUUGUCGAAGGAUAUUAAAAAUAAAUAUUUGAAUUUUAAUGUGAAUAAGCUUAGCAAUUACAGGAGACAUAUUAAAAGAGUGAGAAUCCUUAAACAUUGUUUGGUAAUGCACCAACUCUUCCUACCACAAGUAUUCCAGGAUAUCGGUUUUGA